AAGGAAAAGUCAAAUCUUAAAUUGUAAGAAAUCCCUAAAACCUUAUAAUCACGAACACAUUUCCUGUUUUUCCCUCCCCUGUACCAGAAUCUUGAAAUCUAACAAACCAUUUCUGCAUCUUCAUGUUUGAAGAAAUCAAUUAAAUGAAAACCCAAAGUACCCUUACCCAAACCCAUGAUCCACCCACAUUACCACCACCAGGUUUCACCCUUUUCCCAUCUCUCAAUCUACCCCAAAAGACUCUAACUUUCCACCAAAUCUCAACCCUUUUCAUCACAUUCAUCGCUUACGCAACUUUCCACGCCUCCCGGAAACCCCCCAGUAUCGUAAAAUCGGUUCUUGGCCCGGACCCAGAUCAAAACCCCAAUUCCCCUGUUUCUGGAUGGGCACCUUUUAACUCGGCUCGUGGCCCUCAACGGCUCGGGGAGCUUGAUCUUGCAUUUCUUUCGGCUUAUGCUAUUGGUAUGUACUUAUCAGGUCAUGUAGGUGAUCGGAUUGAUCUUCGGGUUUUUUUGACAAUUGGGAUGGUUGGUAGUGGUGUGUUUACUGUUCUGUUUGGGUUGGGGUUUUGGUUAGAUGUGCAUAUUUUGGGUUAUUUUGUUAUAGUGCAGAUUUUUUGUGGGGUUUUUCAGUCUAUUGGCUGGCCUUGUGUUGUGGCUGUAAUGGGGAAUUGGUUUGGAAAAUCUAAAAGAGGGUUGAUAAUGGGCUUGUGGAAUUCGCAUACUUCUGUCGGGAACAUUGUUGGAUCGAUUGUUGCAUCGUCAGUUUUAGGUUUUGGGUGGGGUUGGGCUUUUGUGUUGCCUGGUGUUCUUAUUGUGAUUAUUUCUGUUGUUGUAUUUUUGUUUCUUGUUGUGAACCCGGAAACUAUUGGUCUUGAGUUGCCCGGGGAGGAUGAAGAAGAAGAGACGGAAAUGGGAGUGAGUAACGAGGGAAUGAAGUUGGUUAACUUGCGGAAAGUAGAACCAGAAGAUAAUGAUGAUGAUGAUAUUGAAUCAGUGUCUCAAUCUUCUUCUGCUGCUAUCGGGUUUUUAGAGGCAUGGAAGUUGCCCGGUGUUGCACCAUAUGCAUUUUGCUUGUUCUUUUCGAAACUCGUUGCUUAUACAUUCUUGUAUUGGUUACCCUUUUACAUAAGGCACACAGCUGUUGCUGGUGUGCAUCUAUCUCACAAGACUGCAGGAAUACUUUCCACAAUAUUUGAUAUUGGAGGUGUUGUUGGUGGGAUUUUAGCUGGGUAUAUAUCCGAUCUAAUUGAAGCUCGUGCAGUCACUUCAAUUAUAUUCUUGACACUAUCAGUUCCUGCUCUUAUUUUGUAUCGUUUAUAUGGAAGCAUUUCUAUGUUCAGUAAUGUAUCAUUGAUGUUCUUUUCUGGGUUACUUGUGAAUGGGCCAUAUGCACUUAUUACAACUGCCGUGGCUGCGGAUCUUGGUACACAGAGCGCGAUCAAAGGUAAUUCUCGAGCUUUAGCUACAGUUAGUGCAAUCAUAGAUGGUACUGGUUCAGUUGGUGCAGCCCUUGGCCCGCUUUUAGCUGGAUAUAUAUCUACAAGAGGAUGGAAUAGUGUAUUCUUUAUGCUUAUAUUAUCUUUAUCUAUCGCUGGUUUGUUACUGAUUCGAGUUGUUAGAACUGAGAUUAAAGGGAAAGUAAACGAGGGCAGAUGGCUUUGGUUUAGUGCAAUUUCACAUUGAUGAAGGUGGGAUUAUGCAUUCGUAUUGUAUCAUCAGGUUUUGAAAUAUAGCCAUUUCUGGUACAGUUUUAGAUGUUCUGCUAUCUGGGUAUUAGUUCAUUUGUAUCUACCAGAUUCGACACAUGAUAUAGACUAUGGAGAUUUAGUGCGGAUUCUUUCCAUGUUCAUUCCUUGCAUAAGCCAAAGAUGUUACUUGAAUUGUUUAUGGAAUUGAGUGUAAAAUCAUCAGCAGUAUCUUAAAUGCUACACGUCCUAGCAUUUGAUGUAAAUGCAUUUUUUUUCUAAGAUAUACAGUUAUAUGUUCCAUGUUGGCUUGUAUUUUUCCGGGUUAGUUUUGUUGCCAAUAUUAGUGCCCGGUUUGUUACAUACGGUCACUUUCUAAUUGUAUAGCUGUGACUCCUAUUAGAGUUCCCAUAUAAGCAGGUUGUAUGAGCUAGCUAAGCAGUCAAAAUAAGGUUAGAAGGUUGUAUACAUUAACAAAUAACAAUAUAGUUUCAAGGAUGUUUGUCCUUCACAUUCA